AUGGACGCUUCGUCCAUUAUAACUCAAGUAUCAAAAGAUGACGAUCAAGUGAAUACUUAUCCUUACUCUUUAGGAAAAGUUUCACCUACUGAUAUUAAGGAGUCAUCACCUAAUUCAUUGCUUAAAAAACCUAGAAGAAAAUUUUUGAGGACAUUAUUCUGUUGCUUUAGUAGAAGAUCCAAUUCUAAAAGCACUGAAUCUUCAUUUAACAAUCAAGAUAAUUCUUUUAGCUCUGAAACACCUCGUUAUCUUCUAGAUGCAAUUAGAAAGCAGGACAUUCAUAAAAAAUGUAUGGUUAUAGAUUUAGAUGAAACUUUAGUACACAGUUCUUUUAAGCCCAUCAACAAUGCAGAUUUUGUUGUACCAGUGGAAAUUGAUGGCAAAGUUCACCAAGUGUAUGUUUUAAAGAGGCCAUAUGUUGAUGAGUUCCUAAAAAGAAUGGGUGAAUUGUAUGAAUGCAUCCUUUUCACUGCUAGUUUAGCCAAGUAUGCAGAUCCUGUGACUGACUUGUUGGAUCGAUGGGGUGUCUUCCGAGCUAGACUUUUUAGAGACUCUUGUGUCUUCCAUAGAGGAAAUUAUGUAAAAGAUCUUAAUAAACUUGGUCGUGAUUUAAAGAAAAUUAUUAUUGUAGACAACUCACCUGCUUCAUAUAUUUUUCAACCAGAUAAUGCAGUGCCUGUUGCGUCUUGGUUUGACGAUAUGACUGAUUCUGAAUUGCUUGAUCUGAUUCCGUUUUUUGAAAAAUUGAGUAAAGUUGAUAAUAUAUAUUCAGUACUAUGCAACUCAAAUCAUCCAUUUCAUGCAUCAACAUAUGCCACCAAUGCACAAUCUUCUAGUAAUAUACAGAUCAACAAUCAUUCAACAAUGGUAGCCGGAUCUUAG